AUGGAUAUUUUAGCGGGUGGCGUCAUUGUAAAUAUUUCCAUUAUUUCUCUCUUUAAUCAAAUCGUCCCUCAAUAUUUCUUGGAAUUGAGCUCCAUUGCAAUUGUUGUGGAUGAAAAGCCAUCGAGUUUACUUUUGCGAGAAUAUUCUGAUGAAUUGGAGAUUUUCUUCAAAUCCGCUGAAUCUUUUCCUCCAGUUUUGUGGAUUUCUGUGGAAAAUCCUUUUGAAGAAGAAAGACUAGAGGAAAAAAUCCUUUCGGUCAGUGAGUUGGGAUGUCAAGGAUUUAUUGUGGCAUCAACAAGAGUAGUGGAAUUUAUUGAAUUAAAAUAUCAAGUUACUGAGAAAGCAGUUCAACGUCAAAGAGAUAAAUAUUUUAUAUUUCUCCUCGAUGACCAGGAUGUUUUCCCAUCACAUUUGAUUGUAAGACGUUCCAAGGAAAUUGAUGGCUUUGAAUUAAUAACUCAAAAAUUCGUCAGUAAUCACGAUAAUGAAGAAGGAAUCAUUUUGGGUUACCUGCAAGAAAAUAAAUCCGCAAUUGUGGAUUUUUUUCCUGAUAAAUUGAAGAAUAUGCAGGGAAAGGACAUCCCAUCGGCAACACUGACCUACCCUCCUUAUAUGAUAAUAGACAAUGUACCUCCAGGGCAAGGAAAUGUCGAUGAAUUCGAAACAAAUGAAUUAAAAACUCUUUACAUGGAUGGAACUGAAGCUAUAAUGAUGUUUGAGUUCAGCCGCUUAAGGAAUUUUACAAUGAAAAUGAAACGAUUUGAGCAUGACUGUUGGGGUGAAUUGUAUGAGAAUGGAUCAUCUGAUGGACUCCUCGGGAGUAUUUAUCAGAAAGAAGUUGAUUUUGCCGUUGGUUGCCUAUCAAUGUGGUACUACCACGAGAUGGAAUAUUCAUUCACAAUCGCACAAUCAUCUGUAAGAUUUCUUGUUCCAGGAGCACAGAUCCUUCCACCUUCCCUAACACCCACACUUCCUUUUUCGUGGAAAGUCUGGAUAGCAAUCUUUCUAACUGUUAUCAUUGACGUCGUCAUAUAUUAUUUCAUUGAAAAGAAAGUCCUGAAAACUCCAGGACAUACCGCCAGGACGACUUUUGGCCUUGUAGCGUUGAGAAUUUCAUCGAUUUAUCUUCAACAAGCUGCCCCUGAAACCUCGAGGUGGUCAUCUGUCAGGCUUCUUCUUGCAACCUUUAUCCUUUCGAGUCUCGUCGUGGUCAAUUCUUACAGCGGAGGACUUGCAAGUGUCCUCACAGUGCCCAAGUACGAAGAUUCAAUUGAUUCAAAUCAACAAUUCGCUGAUAGUGAUGUUAAAUGGGGAGCCCCGUCGGAUGCGUGGAUUUAUCAAAUUGUGGGAGCUGAAGAGCCCAUGUACAAGACAAUUGUGAAGAAUUUCGAAAUCAAAAGCUACGAUGAGUUCCAAAAAUUGUCCUUUUCAAGGACAUACGGAUUCGCAAUCGAAAGGCUGAAUUAUGGAGAAUAUGCUUUUGGUUCUUAUAUCACCGAACCUUCGAUGAGUUAUUUCGACAUGACAAAGGAGGAUAUAUAUUUCCUGUGGACCUGUCUUAUCCCUGUGCCAGGAUGGCCAUUGAUGGAUUACUUUAAUAAGCACGUCCAGGAGGUUCUUCAACACGGGCUCUGGGAUUAUUGGGAGCGAAGAAUCACCGAAAAGUACUUCAAUGUCAAAGUUCAACUCGGAAUGCAUCAACUUAGUGCGGGUUAUCGAGAUAAUCCUGGCAUAACAAGCCUCAAGUUGAUCACAUUUCUGGACCACUUUUUCUCUUAG